CCAGUUUGGGGGAGGAGCUCCAGGUCUGUGAGAAUACCGCCCCUGAUAGAAGGUGCUGUUACAUCCCCCAGGUUCUGACCUUCUGUCCUAGGAUGAGGUGGGGCUGCCAUCUACCCAGGGCCUCUUGGGGCUCUGGUUUGAGAAACACAUGGCAGCCACUGGACGAACGGAUCCCCUUCCUGAUCCACUGGAGCUGGCCCUUUAAAGGGGAGUACCUUGGGCCCCGUAGGGUCUUUAUACGCCUCCAUGGAAACUCAGCAGGCAGUGCUCCCCCACCGGGGAGGCAUGGACAGCUGUUCCAGAGCGUCUCUGCAACUGAAGCUAUCCAGCAGCACCGCCGGAACCUGGCUGAAUGGUUCAGCCGGCUGCCCAGGGAGGAGCGCCAGUUUGGCCCGACCUUUGCACUAGACACAGUCCACGUUGACCCUGUGAUCCGCGAGAGCACCCCAGAUGAGCUGCUUCGCCCACCCUCAGAGCUGGCUCUGGAGCAUCAGCCGCCCCCAACUGGGCUCCCUGCACUGGCCCUGUCUCAGCUCUUUGACCCAGAUGCCUGUGGGCGCCGGGUGCAGACAGUGGUACUGUAUGGGACAGUGGGCACGGGCAAGAGCACAUUGGUGCGCAAGAUGGUCCUGGAUUGGUGUUAUGGGCGGCUGCCGGACUUUGAGCUGCUCAUUCCCUUCUCUUGUGAAGACUUGUCAUCCCUAGGCUCUACCCCGGCCUCCUUGUGCCAACUUGUAACCCAGCGCUAUACACCCCUGAAGGAGGUUCUACCCUUGAUGGCUGCAGCUGGGUCCCACCUGCUCUUUGUGCUUCAUGGCUUGGAGCAUCUCAACCUUGACUUCCGGCUGGCAGGCACGGGGCUUUGUAGUGACCCUGAGGAGCCAGAGGCACCCACUGCCAUCAUUGUCAACCUGCUACGCAAAUACAUGCUGCCUGAGGCCAGCAUUCUGGUGACCACCCGGCCCUCUGCCAUUGGCCGCAUCCCCAGCAAGUAUGUGGGCCGCUAUGGUGAGAUCUGUGGCUUCUCUGAUACCAACCUGCAGAAGCUCUACUUCCAACUCCGUCUCAACCAGCCUGACUGUGAGCAUGCCGCUAGGGGUACAGGUGUCUCCGCCACACCUGCUCAGCGUGACAACCUGGUGCAGAUGCUGUCUCGGAACCUGGAGGGGCACCACCAGAUCGCCGCCGCCUGCUUCCUGCCCUCAUAUUGCUGGCUCGUCUGUGCCACCUUGCACUUCCUGCAUGCCCCUACACCUGCUGGGCAGACCCUUACGGGUAUCUAUACCAGCUUCCUGCGCCUCAACUUCAGUGGAGAAACACUGGACAGUACUGACCCCUCCAAUUUGUCUCUAAUGGCCUAUGCAGCCCGAACCAUGGGCAAGUUGGCCUAUGAGGGGGUGUCCUCCCGCAAGACCUACUUCUCUGAAGAGGAUGUUCGUGGCUGCCUGGAGGCUGGCAUCAAGACAGAAGAGGAGUUUCAGCUGUUGCAUGUCUUCCGCCGGGAUGCCCUAAGGUUUUUUCUGGCCCCGUGUGUGGAGCCAGGGCGCCCAGGCACGUUCGUGUUUACUGUGCCUGCCAUGCAGGAAUACCUGGCUGCCCUCUACAUCGUGCUGGGUUUGCGUAAGACCACCCUGCAACGGGUGGGCAAGGAAGUGGCUGAGCUUGUGGGCCGUGUGGGGGAGGAUGUCAGCCUGGUGCUGGGCAUCAUGGCCAAACUGCUGCCACUGCGGGCUCUGCCCCUGCUCUUCAACCUACUCAAGGUGGUUCCACGAGUGUUUGGACGUGUGGUGGGUAAGAGCCGGGAGGCAGUGGCCCAGGCCAUGGUGCUCGAGAUGUUCCGAGAAGAGGAUUACUACAAUGACGAUGUUCUGGACCAGAUGGGCACCAGUAUCCUGGGCGUGGAGGGCCCCCGGCGCCACCCAGAUGAGCCUCCGGACGAUGAAGUCUUUGAGCUCUUCCCCAUGUUCAUGGGGGGGCUUCUCUCUGCUCACAACCGGGCCAUACUGGCCCAGCUCGGUUGCCCCAUCAAGAACCUGGAUGCCCUGGAGAAUGCCCAGGCCAUUAAGAAAAAGCUGGGCAAACUGGGCCGGCAGGUGCUGCCCCCCUCGGAGCUCCUUGAUCACCUCUUCUUUCACUAUGAGUUUCAGAACCAGCGCUUCUCUGCUGAGGUGCUCAGCUCCCUACGCCAGCUCAACCUGGCAGGGGUGCGCAUGACACCCCUCAAGUGCACAGUGGUGGCAGCUGUGCUUGGCAGUGGAAGGCAUGCCCUGAAUGAGGUGAACUUGGCCUCCUGCCAGCUGGACCCUGCCGGGCUGCGCACACUCAUGCCUGUCUUCCUGCGAGCCCGGAAGCUAGGCUUGCAACUUAACAGCCUGGGCCCUGAGGCCUGCAGGGACCUCCGAGACUUGCUGCUGCAUGACCAGUGCCAAAUCACCACUCUGCGGCUGUCCAACAACCCGCUGACGGCAACAGGUGUGGCCCUGCUCAUGGAGGGGCUGGCGCGAAACACCUCGCUGACACACUUGUCUCUGCUGCACACGGGCCUUGGGGACGAGGGCCUGGAGCUGCUGGCUGCCCAACUGGACCGCAAUCAGCAGCUACAGGAGCUGAAUGUGGCCUACAAUGGUGCUGGUGACACAGCGGCCCUGGCCCUGGCCAGGGCUGCCCGGGAACACCCUUCCCUGGAACUGCUGCACCUCUACUUCAAUGAGCUGAGCUCAGAGGGCCGCCAGGUUCUGCGGGACUUAGGGGGUGCUGCUGAAGGCGGUGCCCGGGUCGUGACAUCGCUUACAGAGGGUGCGUCGGUGUCCGACUACUGGUCGGUGAUCCUCAGUGAAGUUCAGCGGAACCUCAACAGCUGGGAUCGGGCCCGGGUCCAGCGCCACCUUGAGCUACUGCUGCGGGAUCUGGAAGAUAGCCGGGCUGACACCCUCAAUCCUUGGCGCAAGGCCCAGCUUCUUCGAGUGGAGGGUGAGGUCAAGGCCCUCCUGGAGCAACUGGGAGGCUCUGGAAGCUAAAACAGUGGUAGCAGGCACCUAGCUCUUUGCCCACUGGCCCCAAAUCCCUCCCCUCUGUGGCCUACUGGCUUGCACUGCUCCUUCUAGAAAGAUCGCUUCAGGGCUCGAGGCAAAGGAAUGGGACAUUUCAACCAGGACCAAAUCUGGAAUUUCCAGGGUCAAAGAUGGUGAAUUGAUGCCUCAGGCUUGGAGAUACAACGUGCCUCUUUUCUCUUCUGCUAUGAGGACCAAAGGAUGUGGCCUUUGGGCAAUCCAAUUGCCCUGUAAUACUACCAUCAUCCUUAUGUCUCCCUCCUCUCAAGGAGCUUCUGAUUGCACCACCAAGGGGCACACACAUGCCAGGGUGUCACCAUCCACUUGAUGUUUUGGAGGCCUUCCAUUCCUGCCUUAUGCUCACCUGUGGACACUGAGGAUGCCUUCACAUUGGUGCUUCCCCCAGCCCCAUGCCCGUUUUACCACAGUGGUACCGAUGGCCCCUAGGGGCAGAUGCACCCGACUUGCUAUUAAAAAGCUAUAUGUCUUCCACCUAA